CGUUAUCCGCGGGCUGGCCAGCAUUUGCUGCCUUGACGAAACCAGAGUCAGAGGUUCAAAUCCUCGCAAUGGCGGUGGCUCGGGGUGAUGAGGCUACUAGGACCUCAUCUAUCUGAAAUAUCUCAUCGGUCGCUGCGCUUUUUCUCUCCAGUCAGAAGGUGAGGUACUUUUUUAGCUGAAAUUUCUAAAUCCAGCUCAUCGAUGUAUUCGGCUUCGCUUCUUGAGGCAAUCUCAAUUAUCGGAGAUCCACCAAGAUCCAGGCCGCCGUCGCUGAAAUGGAAUCGGCUCUUGUAUCGGAAAGUACCGGGAGGUUUUCGUAGGAAUGCCAAAACUAUCAGACUCUACCCUCACUUGGCUUUGAAGCCGAUUGAAACUCAACGGAUUUCCUCUGAUUCAUCAGAAGAGGAGACGAAUCCAUGGGUUGGGUUUGUUACGAAGGUGUUUGAUAUGUUGAAAGUGCUCAAGAAGCCGGCUAUCGCCGCUUUGUUGGUGGGAGUGCUCCUCACGGCGGAUCCGUUUGGGGCUAUUGCUGCUUCUGGAGGGAGGAUGGGCGGGAGAGCUUUUUCUUCUAAGUCAUCAUCGCCCUCUUAUUCCAGGAGCUACUCAGUUCCGUCUGGCUCUGGAUUCCCUUAUUCUGUGCCGUACUAUGCACCGUCGCCGUUCGGAGCUGCUGGUGGUUUUUACAUGGGACCGAUGGUCGGGGUUGGGUUCGGUGCGGGGUCCGGAUUUUUCAUCCUCAUGAUGGGGUUUGCGGCGUUUGUAUUGCUUACGGGUUUCCUAUCAGAUCGAUCUGAUGAUGAGAGUGUUCUUACUGCGGUGCAAAAAACCAGCGUUCUCAAGCUUCAGGUUGGCUUAUUGGGCAUGGCUCGUUCAUUUCAGAAAGAUCUUGAACGAAUUGCUGAAACAGCUGAUACUUCUACUCCUGAAGGUUUGAAUUAUGUCUUGACAGAGACAGCAUUGGCUUUGCUGCGACAUCCUGAUUGUUGCAUCUCUGCAUAUUCAUCUGUGGAUGUAAAACGAAGUGUAGAAGAUGGCGAGAAACGAUUUAAUCAACUUUCUAUUGAGGAAAGGGGUAAAUUUGAUGAGGAGACACUUGUAAAUGUGAACAAUAUCAAGAGGCAAAGAACACCUAGCUAUAGUUCCAAGACUUUUAGUAAUGAGUACAUUGUGAUAACCAUUCUUGUGGCUGCUGAGGGAGUGCACAAGCUACCCGUCAUCAAUGGCAGUGCAGAUUUAAAGGCGGCGUUGCAAAAGCUGGGCUCAAUUCCUGCCAACAAAACAAUGGCAGUGGAGGUUUUGUGGACUCCUCAGAAUGAAAACGAUACGUUAUCAGAGCGUGAACUCCUGGAAGACUACCCGCUUUUGAGGCCUUUGUAAGAAGCAAAAGACUAGCUUGAAGCUUCGUUUGGGACUGCUUUCUUACUGCUUCUUAAAGCUGUUUUUUAGUAUAAAAAUUAAUUUUUUUUACUAGAAAGCCACUUUAAGAAGCUGGAAGAAAACCGUCCCAAAUGAAGCUUGAGACAGUCUUUUAGGUUAAAUAUUGUACAGAUGCAACAGAAUAGGAUCAAACAUCUUAUAUAUUGUGAAAGGGGCUUUGCUUUCAAGGUUCAAGAUAUAAUAAUUCUUCUAUUUUCUUCUGAUCUGCUCUUCUUUUUACAUGGAAGUCACUUCCACCAGGCUCUAUAUCCAUUUGAGUAAAACAGUUAAGACAUGUGGUAUUUUUCUUCGCUGCAAGAUCAGCUUUUGCUCUGAAGAAAUCUGCAAGCUUAUUUCGUAGUUUUUAGUUGCGUAAUGCAUCAAUGUUUGAUUAGUACGAGGAGAAUAAUCUGAUUGUUGAAGGAAUUUAGAUAUUUUUGUU